UCUAGCUUCGGCAGUGUUAUAGUCUAGUUGUCGGUAGACUGAAGCUUCAUUAUCGGCAAGUCGUUGCAUUCGUUUUCGCUUCAGCUGCAAUUUUUCAUACCUAAUCUGCUUGCAGUAAUUUUUUUACUAAUUAGUGUGCAUAGGCAUGUGAAUGUAGAGCAUUUAACAGACUUCUAAGUAUCAACCGAACACCUUUCUGUAUGUAGCGAUUGUAGGAUCGGUCUUUCCUCAACGUCUAAAUGGGUAUACUCGUGACUAUAAUUUUAAUCUUAUCUCACUGUGCAAGCAUAGCAAGCGAAUUAAUAAUAUUUAGUUUGUAGAUCUUCUUAUCAAAGGCUUUACUUGUAGUUCAUCUUACGCGAUGCAUAAGACAUAUGAAUGUGUGUAUGCUUGUGCCUAUAUAAAUACAAAUUUCGCUUAUCAAACAAAUACACAAAAGUUACACCAGUACAAUGUGUUUGUACAACUAAAGGUUCGCGACUCAAAGAUACGAAAGAUAAAUAAAACAAAUGGGAGUUCCAAAUAUUAUUAUUAUUGUUGUGACAUGUGGACCAGGGUAAAUAAUUUUUUAACGCAUAAACAACAUAUGAUGAAACCAAUUUUAAAGAAAGAUAAAAUAACAAAUAUUAAAGGAAAAUAGUCUACGCGUGAUCUGAGUUUUGGAGGAGGAAAAGGAGGGGCGUUGUUGAGUUUUCAAAGGUUAAAACAUGUUAACAUUCUCACACCAUUCAAAAAAAAAGUUAUACAGCAAAGUUGCAGGUUAUAAAGAAAACUACAAAUUUUGUAUUCACACUUUCAAAACACAUCAGCUCAAAACACAAAACCUCAAAAUUUAUGUAUGUGAAAAAUUAAAAUAACACAGUUUUUGGUUUUUUAUUUUAACGUUUUACAAAAAAAUAUCUUUUUUAGGAACUUUUGUGUCUUGUCUAUUUAUGUCCCAAACAAACUGUAUUUUUUUAAAUCAAAAUAUUUAUUGUUUCUACUCAUUUUGACUUAAUAUAAAAAACCUAAUUUUCAAACAAAAAUUCUGACGUCAAAAUACCAUUUUUUUAUUAAUUUCGUUUUCGUAAUUAAGUUCGUUAAAAUCUCUAUUUUCUAUUGGUGUAAAUAGACAUUACUAUGUUAAGUUUUCUCAGAAAAUGCAAUAAAUACCCCACUAAACGAAUGAAAGCUGCUUGCUAUGAAAAUAUUUCACUAAAUUCCACCAGAGAGGUGGGCACCAAAAUGUCACCAAAAAAAAUGUAUCGAUUUAUAUAUUUACAAGAGCUUAUCAGUAACAACGGUUUCAGAAUUAAUCCAAACUAUAAAAAAUGCAAUUAUACACAUAUGUAUGCAUGUAUGUACGUAUGUAUAUAUUAAAGAGUGUUGAUUACAAGUCACGCGGUCUGCAGAUAAAGUGUUGUAAAUACAGCUUUCUCGUAGACAAUCAGUGAAAUGGUUAACUUACUACCGAUGCUGUGCUCUGAGUCACUAUCCAUUACACGGAGCAAUGUCGCACUUACAGUUAUCAUAAUAAAUCAUUACAUCACAUUUAAUUAAAUUUACUUUUUUAUUACUAAGAAUUAUAAAGAAGAAAUGGGUAGGAUUCAAAAAAAAAUUUCAUGGUUAUUCAGAAUAAAUUUACUAUAUUAUAAAGUAUUAUAAUUUUAUUUCUGAGCAAUUCUUUGCAAAACAGAGCGUGCUGGUACAAAUAUUUGUAUUAAUAAGCAACUGAGAUUGAGACAAAAUGAAAUGGAUGAGCUUGGUUAGUGUCGACAUAAGUUUUCCUAUACGUUGGCACAUCGAAAAACUGUUGCUGAUGAACAAAUCAAAUAUUCUGGAUAUUUUAAAUUAGCAUAACUUCCGACAGUGUAUGUAUGUAUAUUCAAAAAUUACUUUUACUAUUUAUAACAAUUUGCCGUCGUACUGUCUUUGUAUCCACCCGCGUACUCGUUGGUUAAAAAUCUUUACACUAAUUUCUUCGCCUCGAAGAAGCUCUUUAAGUGUCGCAUCUGCCAGAAGCCCAUACAGACCAAAACAAAGGUUUGCGCCAAUGACCACCAUAAAACGCGCGAAUUAGUGCUUUCACUUGUAUGACGGAAACGUUCCUCCCUAUAUCGUUGAUAGUUCUGUUCUUUGGUGAUCUGAUCCACUUGAUCAAGUAAUUGACGUAUGCGCAAUUGUAAUUCAGUCAAUUUCUCUUUUUGUGCUACAUUCGCGUAAUCGAUGGCGUGCUCGCCCACCUGUAUAUCCAGAUGGACACGUAAUUGUGCACCACUAAACCAAGCUGUGCUAUUCGAAUACAUGCAAAUGACAUGUUCACCGGGUAUAUGUGAAGUGAAGGAAAUGCGACCCUCGGAACUGUAAACGCGUGAUAGUAUAACUUUAUCGUCGCUAUCACGUACUUCCACAUGCAUACCAAUACCGGGCGAAGAGGGCAUAAAACCAUUAGAACGCGGGUCGUAUAAUUCCACUUUGUAGUUCACUAUAAAAUAUAAUUAGUUAAAAGCAAAUUGUUUUGUGAAGUAGUUCGUAAAUACUUAGUAUCAAAUUUUAACAUGGCCUACCGAUGACUGUUGUCUCAUCAGGAACCUCUUCUAUAAAACAUUUUCGCUCUGUUUCUGCUAUGUGAAAGUAAAGGCCAAAUGUUGUUUGUAGAGCACAAAGCAGCACAAUUGAGGUAACCAAACAUUUACUCAUGAUUUAUCUUUGCUAUAUGGGUCAAAUCCUGGCGAACUUUGUGAAAAUUUAUUAAUUCCUAAAUUCGUUUAUAAUCACCCCGACACGUAUGCCAAUGUAGAAAAAUCUGACAUUUAGUUAUUUGCUUUAUAUAUGUUGUUCUGUUCGUUUUUUAAUUAUAUGUCUUACAGGGUGUUUGUGAGUAGUUUUUUUAAUUGAAUAUAAUUUCAAUCCAAAUAAGUUUGACAAAUUUGAUUAAUUGCGACUAGAACAUUUUAAUUUAAUGGUGCAAAUUGAUCAUUUGUUCAGAUAAAUUGCUAUUUAGCUAGUUAUGGUUCCACUUUUAAAAUAUAAAUAAAGUUGGCAGCCUGGUUGCUAAUUUUGCUUUGAUGUCAUGAUCCGUGAUAUGUUGACGUUUAAUGAAAUAGUUUUAAUACAAAAUUACAAAAACAAAAUUGUUAAAUUGCUGUGUAGGCAAAUCAAUUGUAUAUAUAUUUUUAAUAUUUAAAGAAAUAUGGAUUUAACCUUAUUAAUAGGCAUAGCAACGGCGCUGCUAGUAAUAAUAAUUGGAUUGUGGAUUUUCCAAAGGAAAUCAAAAGGAGACAAAACGGAUAAGCCUGUACAACGAGGAGUUCCGGUGAGAGCACAAGAGGGUAUUCCAAGACGUGCCCAGAUAGCACGAAAUCAGCGUAACCGUUUGCGUCAAAACGCUGCAGCAGCUGCAGCCGCAGAUCAGGCAGCUGCAUUAGAUCAUGCUUUAGAAGCGAACGACAACGAAGAAGAUGGAGAUGACGAGGAAAUUUCAUCUGGGCCGAUGUUGGAUGAGAAAAUGGGCGCCAAGAAACGUGCGAAAAUGGAAGCAAAAGAACAAAAGCGAAUAAUGCGGGAGCAAGAAUUAAAACAACGUGAGGAGCGUAAAGUCAAGGAAGCUAAACUUGAAGUGGAACGAAAACAACAGGAAGAACGUGAGGAGGAAGUGGAACGUAAAGCAGCAGAAGCAGAGCGUUUGGCACGCGAAGAACGUGAACGCAAGGAGCAUGAGGAGUACCUAAAAAUGAAAGAAGCAUUUAAAAUUGAAGAAGAAGGUUUUGAGGAGGCCGAAGACGCAGAAAAAGAGCAACUUUUACAAGAUUUUAUACAAUAUAUUAAAGAUAACAAAGUAAUUGUUUUGGAAGAUUUGGCAAUGGAAUUUAAACUGAAAACUCAACAAGUAAUCGAUCGUAUACAGGACUUGCAAGCGAAUGGCACAUUAACGGGUGUGAUCGAUGAUCGUGGAAAGUUCAUAUACGUAUCACAAGAAGAAUUACUUGAAGUAGCAAAAUUCAUAAGACAGCGGGGGCGAGUGUCUAUAGCAGAGCUGGCUGAAAGUAGCAACAAUCUAAUUAAUUUGACACCUGUUUCGAGUGCUUAAUAUAUACUUCAAAGAAGUUCAACAAAUUUAGUAGUGCAAUUUUACUGUUUAAUUCGCAUGUAACAGACUUUUAUGUAAAUUUUGAACAAACAUCAAUGUACAUAUGAUCAAUUUUAAUGUAACAUGAAUUCUUACAAUAAUAUGUACCUAGAAACGAAAUGUAUAAAACAAA